CAUUCAGUCAAUACAGACCUUCAAACAACACAAACAAAAAACCUUUCAAAAUGUUCAAGUUGGUGGUAUUGUCUGCUCUCCUGGUCGUAGCUGCUGCUCGUCCCAGUCUCAUCGAAUCCCAUCCAGUGGUGUACUCGGCGGCACCCUCCGCCACUAUUGCCGUUCAUGAACCCGUUCUGACUAAAGUGGGCUCAGUGGUGAAGAGCAUCCCCACUGCCGUCUCCCAUCAAAGUCAAUCGAUUGUGCAUAGCUCGGCGCAUGUUGUUCAGGAUAUUGUUGCACCAGCUGUGAGAACUAGUGUUGUGGCUGCCCCCCCGACUGUGCUGAAGACUGCUGUUUCUCCGGCAGCAGUGCAGCUGCACUCUGCUCCUGUUCAUCACAUUGCCGCUGCCCCACUGUUGCAUCAUGCUCCAGUUGCGCAUUACUCCGCUCCACUGACCCAGUUGCAUGUUGCCUCACCACUCACCUAUACCGCCACUGGCUUGUGGUAAACGAUCUGAGAUUUAGACGAAUUUAGUUGGACUGCCUGUUUUUUAGAAAAUUUAUUUUAAUUGAUUUUUUUUUUGGUUUAUUUAUUUAUUGAAGA